AUGCACUCCCGAGACGCAAAAUUUUCGGAAAAAGACAUUCCAGAUUUGAGUGGAUAUGUCGUGAUUGUUACUGGAGGGAAUUCUGGGAUCGGGUAUGAAACUGCGCAGCAGCUUGCUAUCAAGAAUGCGCGCGUUUACAUUGCGGGCCGCUCCCAAGAGCGAGUUCAAGAGGCUAUCCGGCAGAUGUCGCAGUCAAAUGUAACGAAGCAGCUAGAUCUCCGUUUUCUUCAGCUGGACCUGCAAGACUUGAAAUCUGUCAGGGCAGCCGCACUACGUUUCAUGACAGAAGAGUCGCGCCUAGACAUUCUGAUCAACAACGCUGGCGUCAUGACGGUUCCAUACAAACUUACUGUUGAUGGAUUCGAGACACAGUGGCAGGUUAACUAUCUGGCGCCUCAUGUCCUUACAUCAACCCUGAUGCCGCUUCUCUUGAAAACUGCAUCUUCUUCCGGCUCUUCCGACCGUGUGCGCGUUGUCAAUGUCUCGAGUGAUGCAGCAUUUUUCGGUCCGAAGACGUUGUUGCUGGACGACGUAAACAUGACCGAGACGAAGGGAGUGAUGGAACUGUGGCAACGGUAUGGGCACUCUAAGCAAGCGAGUAUCCGGGAUGCGAAAGAGUUGAACGAUCGUUACGGUUCUCAGGGGGUUACCGCAUACUCGCUUCAUCCGGGUAUUGUCCGAUCGAAUCUUCAACGGCAUGAUCCGACCGUCAUUGGCAGCGUCGUGCGAACUCUUAUGAAAUUUGCAGCUGGUAGCACCCCGCUAGAAGGGGCGUUGAAUUCUCUUUUCUGCGCCACCAGUCCGAAGGCGCCGAUUAUGGGACAAGGUCAGUAUUUCGUUCCGGUGGGUAAAUUGGACUCCCGAGCAGCAAAUUGGAUCAAUGAUUCGAAGACCAACAAAAAGCUUUGGCAACAAAGUGAGGAUCUGAUCAAGCGCUUGGUGUGA